ACCUGCAUUAUCGACACGGAAGGACGAACACGAUUCGAUCGAGUAUUAGCUUCUUUUCGACGGAACGCGGCACUCUCACAGGAUGAAGACAACGCCGGCAAUAAUUCUUCUUCCUCUCCUGUUUGCAUUUGCUCUCAGUGAGACAGAGUUGACCAAUACGCAAAAAACAAUAGUGAAUUUUAUAAACUCAAGGGAUAGUAGUGCUGUAGCAGUAAAAAGAAGAUGGAAAGGAAAAAUGUAUUCAAAACUUCGCAAAGACGAAAGUCCUCCACCCACAAACAACCAAUUAGCUCCCAACCAAAAUGAUGGAACAACACCCGCACCUGGAGGUGCCACACAAGCCGCUGGAGGAGGCCCCACAGGGGGAGCAACUGGUCCUACGGGACAACCAUUCCAGUCACAACCGUAUGGCCAAGCAUCUCCCUAUGGUAUGCAACAAGGAUUUGGACAACAGCCAGGCUUUGGUCAGUAUGUCAGCCCCAGGUUUGGUCAGCAGCCAGGUUUUGGUCAGUCCAGUUUUGGUCAGCAGCCAGGUUUUGGUCAACGACCAGGUUUCGGUCACCAACCAGGCUUCGGCCAAAUGCCUGGUGGACACAAAGGAAAAGGUCCAGCCGCAGGCGGCCCACCUCCCGCACAGGGCGGUGCUGGUGGGGGUUGUGAAUGGUCAUGA